CGAAGCCGCGGGGGGCUUGGCAGGAAGCACGGAGUGGGAUGGGCACACGCUUAUGGGGCCACGAGGAAAGCGGUGACUGUACUAGUACAGCUAGACCUUAUGUAAGCGAUCUCAUUUCUAAUAUCCUACUCAUACUCCAUUCUCGGUUUAUCGCAGUUUUCUUCUUGUUCGUCAAGUGAGCGGGCAAAUGGAAUGGUAUCCCGACUUUCUUUGUAGUCUUUUCUAACUGCUCGCUUCUGCACCCAUAGAUAACGUCGCAACAUGUGCGCAUGAUCUAUCUUCUUAUGUUUUCAGCCCUGUACACUAGUAAACUUUUGCUUGUGCGUCCAAAAUAUGCUGGGCUGUCGGCAGGUCGAUCGCAUAGGUGCAAACCGAGCCCCUUGUUAUGAUUUGGCGUUGGCCGAAGCUGGAGGUUGUCGAGCAACGCGGAGGAGCAUCGCCAGCGUGCGUUACGGACAACAAACUCUGAGAUAUGGUCUUCACUCCUACUUCUAAUCUAUGAUGUAUCGCAAGCUUUCACUGACCGAACGACCUUCUCUUAUGCUGAUGUAAAUUUCCAAUUUUGUUUUGUCUAUCAACAUCUUCGGUCUCUCUCGUUGUACUAUUCGAUUGACACGCAGCACCUGCAGUUGUAGAGCUGGACUUUGCAACGACUGGCGCGAGAAAAUAUCCAUGUGGAGCGAUAAAUGCUAUGUCCUGCAGUGUCUGGUAGUCUGGUAGUGUUUCGCUCUUGAAUGAGCAAUUUUUGGGUUGAUCAACGCGCGAUGUGAAGCUCACGAGCAUUGGAGUGCGCAUACUUGUUAUGUCAUGGAUCCAUCCUUGCGAUGUAAAUAAUUAUGAUUGGGGCGAUGCGGUAUCCGGCUAUUCUUCGAUCCAAGGACGAGACCUGUUAACGCGAGAGUAUGGAAAGUAGAGGAUCCUCUUUUUUUGGAAGACUUGUUCGAGAUAUAAUAUAUAAGAAUUUUGUCAAAAUAUAUAAAGAAUGAGGCACGAGAGGAGGAUUUUUGUCGUCGUGAAGAGUUUUUU